GGUCUUGGGGUUACUGUCGUUCCUCCCCAUCCUGGUUGGUCCACGCUGCUGUCAGUGGGUCCGGACUCCGCUGAGUGCCAUCAUUUAAGCCCUGUGCAAAGUGCACGCUGAAGGAGCAGCCUUCAGGAGGACCAUGUCGUUGGAAUUUGGCAGUGUUGCACUACACACACAAAAUGAAGAUGAAGACUAUGACAAAGAAGACUACGAAAGGGAGAAGGAGUUGCAACAGCUACUCACAGACCUCCCUCACGACAUGCUGGAUGACGACCUCUCCUCUCCUGAGCGCCACAAUUCUGACUGCAGUGAGGAUGGCACAGAGGGAGAACAGCAUCCUUCUGAGCAAUCAGAAAGGAACUGGAAUGAGCACCAGGUGCUGCCCAGGUCUCAGAAUGUAAAUGGCUUGUAUGUUGGAGAGAAAUGUGGCAAUGGCUGGGAAGGUGAUCCAAGUAAAGCUGAAGACGAACAUCCUGGAUUCCAUCCUGAAGAAGGCGGAGAUGAAGGUGGAAGUGGCUAUAGUCCUCCAAGUAAACAUGAGCUGACAGAGCUGUAUCGCCUUCCUGAAAACUUCAGGCCAUAUACCAGUGGUCAGAAGCAGGAACUUCACAAGCAGUCAGCAAAUGUAAUUAAAUUUUCAGAUCCUCAAAGGAACAAUUUCCAGCAAUUUGGUUCAUCCCAAGGUCCCAACUGCGUGGCUUUGGAGCCAUAUAAAGUGACGUAUAAGCCUUAUCAGUCUUCUGUGCAGAGCCAUAGCUUACCAGCUCAGGAAAUAGCAGGAACUGAUGUGUUUGAAGGCCUGCAGCAGCAAUUUUUAGGAGCUAAUGAAACAGAUUCUGCAGAAAAUAUACAUAUUAUUCAACUCCAGGUUCUUAACAAAGCAAAGGAGAGACAGUUAGACAACUUAGUUGAAAAGCUGAAUGAAAGUGAGCGGCAAAUUCGAUUUCUGAAUCACCAGCUUCUGAUGAUCAAAGAUGAAAAGGAUGGCUUGACCAUCAGCCUUCAAGAAUCACAGAAGCUCUUUCAGAAUGGAAAAGAAAGGGAAAUUCAGCUUGAAGCACAGAUAGAAGCCCAGGAGACCCAAAUACAAGCGCUCAAAGUCAGCGAAGAAAAGCUGAUCAAGAAGUCCAGAACAACUGAAAUGGCUCUGGAGAAUUUGAAACAGCAGUUGGUGGAGCUUCAUCAUUCUGAGUCACUUCAACGAGCCAGAGAACAGCAUAAGAGUAUUGUUACGGGCCUCACACAGAAGUAUGAAGAGCAAGUGUUCUCCCUGCAGAAGAAUUUGGAUGCUACAGUGACAGCCCUUCAGGAACAGGAAGACAUUUGCACUCGUUUGAAAGACCAUGUGAAGCAACUAGAAAGAAAUCAAGAAGCAACCAAAUUAGAGAAGACCGAGAUCAUUAACAGGUUGACGAGAAGUCUAGAGGACAGUCAGAAGCAGUGUGCCCACCUGCUGCAGUCAGGCUCCAUACAGGAGGUGGCUCAGCUACAGUUAGAGCUGCAACAAGCACAAAAGGCACAUGCCCUAAGUGAGAACAUGAAUAAGGCUUUGCAAGAGGAAUUAACAGAGCUUAAAGAUGAGAUUUCUCUCUAUGAAUCUGCUGCAAAACUAGGAAUACUUCCAAGUGACUCAGAAGGAGAAUUAAAUAUAGAGCUCACUGAAUCAUAUGUGAAUUUGGGUAUUAAAAAAGGCAACUGGAAAAAAUCCACAGUUAACAGCACUGUACAGCAGGAAGCCUCAAAUGAAGAGCUUUCGAAGGAUGAGGUCAUCCUGAAGUUGAAAGCUGAAGUGCAGCGCUUGCUGGGUAGCAACUCUGUGAAACGUCAUCUUGUGUCUCAGUUACAGAGUGAUCUCAAAGAUUGUCAUAGGAAAAUGGAAGCUCUCCAAAAAGUAAAGGAGGAUGAAAAAGCCAUUGAGACUAAAACAGAUACCUCAGAAAAGCCAACCAAUCAAUUAUGGCUUGACCCUUCUGAUAUGAUUCUCAGAGAUGACAUUUUGAGACUGAAAAAUGAGGUGCAAGCUUUACAACAACAAAAUCAGGAACUUAAAGAAGCUGAAGAAAAGCUGAGAAAUACAAAUCAAGACCUAUGUAAUCAAAUGAGACAGAUGGUGCAGGAUUUUGACCAUGAUAAGCAGGAGGCGGUGGAUAGGUGUGAAAGGACUUACCAACAACACCAUGAAGCCAUGAAAGCCCAGAUCCGAGAUAGCCUCUUAGCCAAGCACGCUGUGGAGAAGCAGCAGCUCUUUGAGGUUUAUGAAGGGACUCACUUGCAGCUCAGGUCUGAUCUCGACAAGAUGAACAAGGAGAUGACUGCUGUGCAGGAAUGUUACCUAGAGGUAUGCAGAGAGAAGGAUAAUCUAGAAUCAGUUCUCAGGAAAACCAUGGAAAAGGAGCAGCAGGUUCAGGAGCAGAAGAGACAGCUACUGGAAGAAAGAGAAGAGUAUAUAAGCAAACUGAAGUUGGAACUUGAAGAAAAGUACCAAGAAACUCUUAAGAUGGAAAAGAGCAAGUGGUUGAAAGAACAAGAAGCUGAUGUUAAACAGCAAAUUGGAAAUGAGAACAAACAAAAAUUCAUUCAGCAGCUGGAAAAGGAGUGGCAAUCUAAGCUCAACCAAGCUAUAAAGGCACGGAGAAAGAAGACCUCAGACUGUGGUAGCCAGACAGACCAGGUGGCCCCCCUUGAUAUCCUUUCCAAGACAGAGGUAGCUGUCUUGGUAGAAGAGAAGACGAGGAAGAUCCAGCGGGAGUUAGAACAAGAGAAGGAGAUUUCUGUCAAAGGGGCUUUGAAGAAACUAGAAGUUGAGAUGGAGCUCAAGUGUUGUGAAAGUAUUACCAAACAGGUGGAAACAGCUGUGCAAAAUGCUCGUCAUCAAUGGCUGCAAGAGCUACCUGAGCUUGCAGAGUACAAAGCACUUGUGAGAGCGGAACAGAAGAAGUGGGAAGAGCAGCAGGAACUCUCUGUGGCCAGGAAGCUGUCAUUUGCACUGUCUGAAGCUAAAGAGAAAUGGAAAAGUGAGCUUGAAAAUAUGAAGCAGAAUGUAAUGCCUGGAAAGGAACUGGAAGAGAAGAUUCAGUCUCUUCAGAAGGAACUGGAGUUGAAGGAAGAGGAAGUCCCUGUGGUUGUCAGGGCUGAGUUAGCUAAGGCCCGAACUGAAUGGAACAGAGAAAAACAAGAAGAAAUCCACAGAAUUCAAGAACAAAAUGAGGAAGAUUACCGGCAGUUUUUAGAUGAUCAUAGAAAUAAAAUUAAUGAAGUGCUUGUAGCAGCUAAAGAGGACUUUGUGAAGCAAAAAACAGAGCUGCUUCUUCAAAAGGAGACAGAAUUGCAGGCAUGUCUAGAGCAGAGUCGGAGAGAGUGGACAGUGCAGGAGGCUCGGCGGAUACAGCUGGAGAUCCAUCAGUAUGAGGAAGAUGUCUUAACUAUGCUUGAGUUUCUCCUGCGGGACACUCAGGAGUACUCCGGGGAUUCAGAGGAUAAGCAGCUUUUGGAAAUCAUGUCAGUUUGUUCUUCAAAAUGGAUAUCUGUGCAGUAUUUUGGGAGACUUAAAACCUGCAUACAAAGAGCACUUCAGGAUAUGCUGUCUCUUACAGAAAAUACUGGCCCGGAAUGUAGAAAGAAAAAUACAACCAAGACCUCUGCAGAUCCUGUCAGCUGGAACACUGGCCAAGGAGACCCCAGGAUUCCAGCGCCCCUUUCCAUCCCUACCUCUGGAAACUGUACUCAGCCCUCAGCCUUGCCAGAAGUGGAAGCUGAUAAAAAGAUCUUUGAAAUUAAAGAUUUGUGCUGUGGACAUUGCUUCCAAGAACUUGAAAAGGAAAAACAGGAAUGUCAAGAUUUGAAAAGAAAACUGGAGAAGUGCUGUAGGCAUCUUCAGCAUUUAGAGAGGACGUACAGAGCUGUAGUGGAGAAGCUCGGAGAAGAGAAUAGCAGAGUGGUUGAAGAAUUAAUAGGAGAAAACAAUGAUAUGAAGAAUAAAUUGGAAGAAUUGAGAAUCUUUUGUAGAACACCACCAAGGUCCUUGUCAGAAGGGGCCAUUGAAAAUGCUUGGCUGCCAUGCAGUGGGCAAGCCUUGGAAGAACUUCGUGGGCAGUAUAUUAAAGCUGUAAAAAAAAUUAAACGUGAUAUGCUUCGAUAUAUUCAGGAGAGUAAGGAAAGAGCUGCGGAAAUGGUAAAGGCAGAGGUGUUAAGGGAACGGCAAGACACUGCCCGAAAGAUGCGCAAGUAUUAUCUGACUUGUCUCCAACAGAUUUUGCAGGAUAAUGGCAAAGAAGAAGGGGCUGAGAAAAAAAUCAUAAAUGCUGCUAGCAAACUUGCUACAAUGGCAAAACUGCUGGAAACGCCUACUUCUCAUAGAUCCCAGAGUAAGGCUGCACACUCAGUAGCGCUGCCCCUGACUUCAGAGACGCUGAUUGGAGUUGAAAGAGCAAAAAGAAAUGACGUGAAUCAGAAUAUACCACGUUACAGUGAAAGCAAAUCAAACUCUGUAAAAGCCAUCCCCAGAAGUACGUGUGAGCAGGUUCCUCAGAGGAAGGCUGUGUGUAAUUUACAAAGGCGGUUAGAGGGUUCAAAGCACAGAGACCUAAAGCCUUUGGGUUCGCAGUCUUCACAUUCAGACUUUCAGCUUGGGGAUGGGGCUUUCAGACUCCCAGACAUGUUGGCAAAGAAUGUUGCUCCAGGGCUCAUUCCAUGCAGGGGUGAAGAAGGCUUUGAUUUGCACAAAAAGAAAGACCCACUCAGUUCUGGCUCUGAGUCACCUCUGCAUUUGGCCACACCCCCCCUCCUUGGAACCUUUGGAACAAAAUCUGCACCCAGAUGUACUCCUGGCCUUUCUGAAUUAGGAUCCACAGAUAUAGCCUUUCAAGGUCCCAAUGAAAGGCCAGAUUUGAAAGCAUAUGUAUGUGAUUCUCUAACAGAAAGGGAGAGUGCUGCACCUGAGAAGAGUCAGGUUUGGGGUACUCAGGACACUCCAGUGAAGGAUGGAGGGGCACUUAGUGACUCGUUUGCCUGGCUUUCCAAUAGUACUUUACCCUGUAGCAGUCAAGACGUGUCAUUUUUACAUGAUAGGUCACAAAGGACUCUGGAUAUACUAGGUGAAUCUAUUAAGUUAAAACAAUUUUCAGCAGCCAGUUGUCUUUCAGAUAUGGAGAAAAGUAAUAGAAUUUGUCAAUCAGUGAAAUGUCAGAGUCACUGUACUGCAGACUUGCCCAAAGAAACCACGUCUUCCCAGCAAGGGAAGAUUGGAGCAACUCUGGGACACCCAUCUCAGCAUAGCAGUGACACGUGCAAGUCGGAUUUCAGAAAACUGAGUGGCACAGGAUCAUCUUCAGAGGAUCAGAAGCCUUCAGGAAAAUUAACUGCUCCCCUGACUAGCCAGCAAGAUAGUGGUUUUGACAGCCCAUUUGUUAAUCUAGACUAAGUGCCAUAUCAGAAGGAUCAUUAAUAUUUAGACAAGAAACUGGAUGAGAAGACUUCAUACUGAAAAAAAUGUCGGCUCUGCUUGUUUGAGAUGUUUAAUAACAUCUUUGUGUGAGUAAAAGUGUUCUCAUAAAGUUACUUGAGGUAUUUACAUUGCCUUAAUCUUCCAAAGGCCUGAAUGAUUUAAUAUGUCUUCUGCUUCCAUGUGGUGCUUAUAUUUAGUUGCUAAGGUCUCUACUUUUAUAUUUAUAAAUUGGGUUACUUUGUGGUUUUAAAUUAUUUAAAUAAAAUUGUGUCUAAUCUGCA